UUUCUGUUUACAGAAAUGAAACUUAAAGCAGCUGCUGACGUCUGAACGAGUAAACUGAAAGUUACAGAGCUGAAGUGGAGCCUGCUCAGACUCAGAGAGGAAGCAGAGAGAUAAACACAUCCACACAGCGAGGACGCUCACACGCUUCACUGCAGGGACGCUCAGUGUCAGGCAUAAAGAUGAAGCUGCUUCUUGUUCCCUUUCUGAUGGUUAUUAUGGAGGUGAUUGGUGGACCAACUCCAUCUGAACAACCAGAUUCAUGGCCAAGAACAACAGGAAGUUCUGCACUAGAUCUAAGAGGGAAGAUGUUCACUUUGUCUCGUAAUUAUGGAGGUGUAACCUUCUACCCGCCCUAUUAUGAUUCUGUCUCGCCUUCUACCACUGAUUACCCAACCAGAAGACACAAAACCCGUUCCUGGAUCCCCACCACACCUCCUACCUACAGUCCCUGGGGCUCCACUCGUUACUCCCCCCUUUCUACUCCUUCCUGGACCACCAACCGUCGCUGGACCUAUCCCUGGACAACAGAGAGUCCAACUAGAGGUGUGUCCGUGUGUCUGCGUUACAUGGCUGACAAUUUACAGUCCGGCUUCCCGCUUUUCACCCUCAGUCCAAACAGAUCCCCUCUGAGUUUGGAGGCAAACCCUAACUCAUAUGGCCUGACAUUUAGCGGUUACUACAACUAUGUGUACCUGUGGCCCCUCAUCAAGUUCUGGCCAAACAUCGGAUCGGACUUCUGGACCAGUGUGUGCCUCACUGUGGACACCAGGAAGGGUGUGGUACAGAUGUUCAGCGGCUCAAACAUGAGCAUCAGGAAGGUGCUGCCGUCUCAGUAUGUGUGGUCAGGUGUGCCUGUGAUUGAUUUCCCAGGUUUUGAUGGUCAGCUGACAGACAUCCAGAUGUGGGACUAUCCACUCCGCUAUAAAGAAAUCUUCUACUACAUGAGCAGAGGUUAUUAUGGGUCUUACACUGGCUCCGUCCUCUCCUGGUCCUACAUCAGAUACUCUCUCAGAGGAAGAGUAGUCAUGGAGGACUCCUAUGGUAUGCAGGCCAAAGAGGCAAUCAGGAAAGUGGGGCGAAAGCACGGACCAAAGAAAGACAAGCUGAAGUUUUUCAGCAUGGAGAAGGAUGGAAUGAGUGAGGACCAAAAGACCCAGGUGUUAUAAGACGUAACAGGGGCAUCAGCACAAAAAGAGUGAUUCUUUCCUUCUUUAACACUGAUCAUAUGAAAUUAAAAGUAUGAGGCUUUUACUCCAUGUC